AUGGUCAACACCACAGCUCUCAGUUCUGUGCAGACUUCUCUCCUGGAGAGCAGCUCUUUCAGCCACCUGGUGUGUCUCUGUGCACAGUCAGUGGGAGCACCUCUCAGUGACGUGGCGAGCACCGGCUCCUGCGGGCUGGGGAUGUGGGGUGCCUGGAUCAAGUCCUGGGUGGACAGGAUGCAGGAGGAUCUGGUCACGCUGGCGAAAACAGCGAGUGGCGUCACCCAGCUCAUUGACAUUUAUGAGAAGUACCAAGACUUGUAUACUGUGGAACCGAAUAAUGCCCGCCAGCUGGUGGAGAUCGCGGCCAGGGAGAUUGAGAAGCUCCUGAGCAACAGAUCGAAAGCCCUGGAGCGCCUGGCUUUGAAAGCGGAGAAAGUGCAAGCAGCCCACCAGUGGCGGGAGGACUUUGCAAGCAAUGAAGUUGUCUACUACAAUGCUAAGGAUGACCUUGAUUCUGAAAAGAAUGACAGUGAGCCGGGCAGCCAGAGGAUUAAACCUGUUUUUGUGGAAGACGCUAAUUUUGGAAGACAGAUAUCCUACCAACAUGCGGCGGUGCACAUCCCCACGGACAUCUACGAGGGCUCAACAAUAGUGUUGAAUGAACUCAACUGGACAAGUGCCUUAGAUGAAGUUUUCAAGAAAAACCGAGAGGAAGACCCUACCUUGCUGUGGCAGGUGUUUGGCAGUGCCACUGGCCUGGCCCGCUAUUAUCCAGCUUCUCCAUGGGUAGAUAACAGUAGAACUCCAAACAAGAUCGACCUUUAUGAUGUACGCCGGAGGCCAUGGUACAUCCAAGGUGCGGCAUCUCCCAAGGACAUGCUCAUCCUGGUGGACGUGAGCGGGAGUGUUAGUGGCCUGACGCUGAAGCUGAUCCGCACGUCUGUCUCUGAAAUGCUGGAAACGCUCUCAGACGACGACUUUGUGAACGUAGCUUCGUUUAACAGCAAUGCUCAGGAUGUAAGCUGCUUUCAGCACCUGGUCCAAGCAAAUGUAAGAAAUAAGAAAGUGCUGAAAGAUGCAGUGAAUAACAUCACAGCGAAAGGAAUAACAGAUUACAAGAAAGGCUUCAGUUUUGCUUUCGAACAGUUGCUCAAUUAUAACGUUUCCAGAGCCAACUGCAACAAGAUCAUAAUGUUGUUCACGGAUGGAGGAGAAGAGAGAGCGCAGGAGAUAUUUACCAAGUACAACAGAGACAAAAAAGUUCGCGUGUUCACGUUUUCCGUGGGUCAGCACAACUACGACCGAGGCCCCAUCCAGUGGAUGGCCUGCGAAAACAAAGGAUAUUACUAUGAAAUUCCAUCCAUUGGAGCAAUAAGGAUUAAUACUCAGGAAUAUCUGGAUGUUCUGGGAAGACCGAUGGUUCUAGCAGGAGAAAAAGCUAGAAAAGUCCAGUGGACUAAUGUGUACUUGGAUGCGCUGGAACUGGGACUUGUCAUUACUGGAACUCUUCCGGUCUUCAACAGAACUGGCCAGUCUGAAAAUGAGACAAAUUUAAAGAAUCAGCUGAUUCUGGGUGUGAUGGGUGUCGAUGUUUCUUUGGAAGAUAUCAAGAGACUCACACCGCGCUUUACACUGUGUCCCAAUGGCUAUUAUUUUGCAAUUGAUCCUAAUGGUUAUGUUUUGCUGCAUCCAAAUCUUCAGCCAAAGAACCCCAAAUCUCAGGAGCCAGUCACUUUGGACUUCCUGGAUGCAGAGCUGGAGAACGACAUUAAAGUGGAGAUUCGAAAUAAAAUGAUAGAUGGAGAAGGUGGAGAAAAAACCUUCAGAACUCUAGUUAAAUCUCAAGAUGAGAGAUACAUUGACAAAGGCAACAGGACAUACACGUGGACCCCAGUGAAUGGGACAGACUACAGUUUGGCCUUGGUAUUACCAACCUACAGUUUUUACUAUAUAAAAGCCAAAAUAGAGGAGACAAUAACUCAGGCCAGAUCAAAAAAGGGGAAAAUGAAGGAUUCAGAAACCCUGAAGCCAGAUAACUUUGAGGAAUCUGGUUACACAUUCAUAGCUCCAAGAGAUUACUGCAAUGACCUUAAACCAUCUGAUAACAACACUGAAUUUCUCUUGAAUUUUAAUGAGUUUAUUGACAGAAAAACUCCAAACAACCCAUCAUGUAAUACAGAUUUGAUUAAUAGAGUCUUGCUGGAUGCAGGUUUUACAAAUGAACUUGUCCAAAAUUACUGGAGUAAGCAGAAAAAUAUCAAGGGAGUGAGAGCACGGUUUGUUGUGACUGACGGUGGGAUUACCAGAGUUUACCCCAAAGAGGCUGGAGAAAAUUGGCAAGAAAAUCCAGAAACCUAUGAGGACAGCUUCUACAAGCGGAGCCUGGAUAACGAUAACUACGUCUUCACGGCCCCUUACUUUAAUAAAAGUGGACCUGGUGCCUAUGAGUCAGGCAUUAUGGUAAGCAAAGCUGUAGAAAUAUAUAUCCAAGGAAAAUUCCUUAAGCCUGCAGUUGUCGGAAUUAAAAUUGAUGUGAAUUCCUGGAUAGAGAAUUUCACCAAAGCCUCAAUCAGGGAUCCGUGCGCUGGUCCAAUUUGUGACUGCAAAAGAAACAGUGAUGUGAUGGACUGUAUGAUUCUAGAUGAUGGUGGAUUUCUUUUGAUGGCAAACCAUGAUGAUUAUACGAAUCAGAUUGGCCGGUUUUUUGGAGAGAUUGACCCCAGCCUGAUGAGACACCUGGUUAAUAUAUCAGUGUACGCUUUCAAUAAAUCUUACGACUACCAGUCGGUGUGCGAGCCGGGCGCGGCCCCGAAGCAAGGAGCAGGACAUCGGUCUGCACGCGUGCCCUCCAUAGCAGACGUGCUGCAGAUCGGCUGGUGGGCCACCGCCGCCGCCUGGUCUGUUCUGCAGCAGUUUCUCCUGAGCUUGACCUUUCCCAGGCUCCUGGAAGCAGUGGAGAUGGAGGAAGAGGACUUCAGCGCCCCUCUGUCCAAGCAGAGCUGCAUCACUGAGCAAACCCAGUACUUCUUCCACAAUGACAGCAAGUCGUUCGGCGGCAUCCUGGACUGCGGGAACUGCUCCAGAAUCUUCCACGCAGAAAAGCUUAUGAACACCAACUUAAUGUUCAUAAUGGUUGAGAGCAAAGGGUCCUGUCCCUGUGACACUCGACUGCUCAUCCAGGCGGAGCAGACCUCUGAUGGUCCAGAUCCCUGUGAUAUGGUUAAACAACCCAGAUACCGAAAAGGGCCAGACGUCUGCUUUGACAACAGUGAGAUGGAGGAUUAUUCUGACUGUGGCGGUGUUUCUGGAUUAAGUUCCUCCCUCUGGUCUGUUCUUGGACUCCAGUUCCUGCUCCUCUGGCUCGUAUCCAACAGCGGACACUACCUGUUGUGACCUCCUGAAACCAAAACGGCGCGAUUCAACUCCAGACCCUGCCACAACAAGAGCCUGCGAUGACAUCACAGCAGGGUCACCGUGGAGCCGAGCCAAGCUGGACCUGUCCCAUGGCGUCUCUGAGGCACAGAACCCCGGGGUGCCCAGUGGCUGCAUGUGGGGUGUCCACGCUGGGCCUCGUUCGUGUGAAUGCUGCACUCCCUGCCACAUGGAAACUUCAAGUCGAGCGCCCUGUGUGCUCCACGGGGAACGGGAGCCGUUGCAUUGCUUGUGAGGUUGUGUCAAAGUCUCCCCACACAACUGUUUGUGAACCCUGCGAGACGUCUUGAUUUUGACCUGGAUUUCAACUGGCUGCAGAUUUACCAAGAAAUUCUGUAGGGGGCGGGGGGGAUAAUUAUUUUGCCUUCAUUUAUUCUUCUCUUAAAAGUGAAUUCCUGCUUUGAGUAGUUCCCUGACUGCAGAGAGAUGGAGAAAAAGGGAGAGAGAGUCAACAGUGGUCUGAGCUGCUGAAGUAUGAAUAAUGGCUAAUUUUCUACAAAAAUGUUGCCGGGAAUAAAAUGCCUUAUGCAGAACAACUUGUCUGCCAAAAAUAAAACAGAACUGAUGACCAAUUAAAUGGGGUAGUGAAUUGAUAGUGUGAAAAUAAUAGCUGAGAAAAUUAUUAAACUGAAGAUGCUUUGAAUACGUGACAUAUUUUUCUCAUAAAUGUAAGCCCCACAGAGCUCUGAUGUAAUGUUCCUUCUUUUGGUUCACAGUAUGGUUACGCAGUGCUAGCCAGGUAUUUAAAAAACGCUCUAAGAGAAGCUUGUUGGCGGGGAGGGAAAGUGUUUUUCUUGUGAUAAAUGAACUUGGCGCACCAAGGGUAUUUUGCAUGAUGCUCCUGCUGCUAUUUUAACUUUUUGGUUUGUUUUUCUCUUAUUGUAGAGUGUAGUCUAUUGAAAAGUUACCUGAGUGACAUUAUUGUCAUGUAAGAAUCUGAAACUUGCCGUGUAAAUGCACUUAACUCAUCUUUAGAAAUGUCCUUAAACUGCUCUGAAUAUACUGUACAAUGUAAAUGUGGAAUGAAGGGUAGGUAAUGGCGAAAUGAGAAUGAACGGGUUUUAUACAGAUUCAUGCUUUUGCCUGAAAACCUAUGUACAGAUAUUUUAAGUACAUAAAUCAGAUUUAACACAUUUAUUUUUUGAAGAGUACAUGUAUGUUCUCAACGAAGCUACAUCGUAGGUUUCCUGUUUGUUCAUUUCACAGGAGCGUGGACAACCCCCGCUCUGUUUGUCCUCCAUUUUCGAAGCUGUGAUCAUUGGGCCAGAAUCCCAUGACAUCUGAUGAGGGUUUUAAAACAGUCUGAACAAACGGGAAACCUUGAAUCUCUAUAUAUGCACAUGAACACUUGAUCGUGAAUAAUGAUAUUUGUUUUUAUACAGCCUCAUUGGUGAAAAAUGAGUAAAUAGUGUAGUAAAGCAGAUAUUUCAUUAUAGAUUAAUAUGGUAUCAAAAUAUUAUUUAUGCUUUUAAAAUUAUUUUCAGGAAUAAACAGUAUUUGAAGAAAGGAUGAAAACAGUGAAUGUGUAACUCUAGGAAAAGUACAUAAUUCUACCGGAGGCUGAAAGUAUGCAGAUAUUUUUUUAUGAUAAAAUGCAUCUUUCUUUAUUCAAACAUGCCAAAUUUUGGUGUGUGGAUAUGCUGGAAAUUUUCUUAUAUAUAAUUUUAACAUCAAUGUUAUUUAUAUUACCCAGCAUGCUUCACUAUCUUCCAUGUAUCAAAAUUAUAGCCAGUUCUUUAGCAAUGUUUAAGAUACAUUUUUUUGUUUUAGCUUUGCAUACAUUUAUAAUCGCCUCAUACCACUCAUGUGUCCUAAGUAGCAUUUGCGACACUUCCUUAAUAAGAUUUUUUUUAAUUUAAAAUAGGGGGGAGGGAGGAAUGGAAUCACUUUGCCAACUAUUGUUCUAAGAGUUGACGUCAGUUACCAUUUCUAAUACAUUGUUGUGAUUUUCUAGUCUAUUCAUAACUUGUAUUGACAUUUUAGAGAACACCAAAGUGAUUUACAAAGAAGUUACACUAUGUUUCAAUCAUGUUGUUUGUUAAUUAAAUAUUUAAAUUUUACUGUUAACUUUUGCUAGAAUUUUAAAUCAUGAACAUGCUGGGAAGGGGGAUAUCAACAAUAUAAAUUGUUUGUUUAUGUGAAUAAGUGACUCACAUGAAAACAAUCAACUGCUUCCAGCGUGCAACAAACUACCUUAAGAUUGUGUUUAAAGUCCGUUAAAUAUGUUUCCUUGGCCCGUGUCACUUAUAUAGUAUGUUUUUAUCAGCUGAGUUAUUAUUGUGUUAAUCGUAUUUAACCUCAGCAUCCCUUGGCAGGGCCCCGUUUGAUCACCGUUCUGUAGCAUAACAGCCACCCACAGGGUAGAAAAUUGGAUAAGAACUUGCUCUUGGACUAUAAAUUGUUUUCGGAAUCAGUGCUAGCCAUCCUGGGUUUGGCACACUCCAUUUUUCAAAAGACAAUAGCACUCAUCCCAUCAAAUUGCUACAUUAAAUUUACUAUUUUUCUGUUAAUUCUGUUGACAAAAAUCUUAACUUUUGACAUUCAUAUUGAUUUUCAAAGACUGAGCAGUAUGUGAGAUCAAUGACAAGGCCCUUGAACCUUUAUUACGUAUUGGAUUUUAGCUGUGCUGGUGCAGCUACACGUGGCAUGUUACUGGAACAACACUACAGUGGGUCUUGGGUUUGCCCUCGGUCAUGGGGUAGAGGUUUCCAUUCAUCAUUUCUUUAUCUUCUCUCUGUGUGAACAACCAGCAUUACUGCCAGAUGCCAGUCAUGGUCCACUUUGUAAAAGGUUUUUAACAUGACAUAGUUAGCAAGUUUGAUUGACGAGAUUUUUAGGUCCUGGGCUUAUAAGAUUUUAGUAUGGUCUUUUUUCAUGUUUCUAAUGCUUGAGGAGUUACUGACUAACUUGGACAAAAAAA